CCAAUGAAUCCCCUGAGUUUGCUCCUACCAAAAGCAAGGCGGUGUGCCGGUGACGGUUGCACCUCUGGCCCCGGGACCUGGCCCCUACAGUACGCUCGCCACCAAGGCGUGCUCUCCCGCCUCUGCUGUUCUUGUCUACUCCUCUGCCACCGUUCCUUAUACUGUUGUUGUUGCUUCCAACUCCUCAAUGAUGACUCGUAUUCUGACAACGACGACCCUAUCAUCUCCCCGGAUGGGCCUACCGUCCCCUGCAUUGUCUGUCGCGAGGCCAUCGCACACUUCUCAUGUAUCCGCUCCCCCAGCGAUGUGUUCGUCUGCCCGGCCUGCAACGCGGCUACGGUUGGUAGGCCCUUCUCAUACGCGCCGUCCUCCAUGGCGCUGCUCGACAUGCAAGGAGCACGGGUCAUAUUGUUGUCCACUAAGAUAGCGCUCCAAUUGCUGAAGGCGGAGGCUAGCCAAGUGCGUGCGUUGGGGGAGCGGAUGGCAGUUGAGUCCAUGGAAGCGCGGAAGCAAGCGUACCACGCACUCAGCAUGGCCUUCGGCAUAGACCAUAGUCCACCCUCUGUGAACGAACACAUCUCAUCACCUGAGAACAUGCGCCCCCAAGGCGGCGAGCCGCACAUUGACAUGAUGAAGCUGGACCUAAACGAGCCGCCACCACCUUCCCCAGGCACGCUUGCAGUCGGCACCGAGGGUGUCCACGGAGGAAUGGCAAUGGCUUCCAACUAUGAGCCCACAUUGUCUUCCAUCGCCAUGGUUACACUUGGCAACGAGAAUGUAUGCGAGGAAUUUGAAGUGACUUCUCGCAAGUCCACACUACAGAUGUUCUUGAAAGACAAUGAUGAGGGGAAGGAUGAUGAUGAUGAGGAGUAAUCAAGUAUAAUGCUCAAACUAGAGCCACUUUAAAAUUCUUAAAAUUUCCAUUUACCUGUUACACCUAGACAUACUUACUUAUCUUAUAUUCAAGUGUUGCGGUCUAUGACCUAGAGUCAUAAUGUUGUUCUUGGUGAAUUGCUAGUUAAUACGGCAAUGUUCAUCCUGUGCAGCCCCGGUUUACAAUAUG